AGAGCGUGCGUCCACGCAACACAGAGAGAAUCAUAUAUCCCAACACGUCACUUCCUACGACUUUUUGUUUAUUAGUAUCCCUCGAGAGUUUCAUUCCGUAGAAACAUAAACAAACAUAAUUGCCAUUUAACCAUCCCAUAUCACAUCCGUCAACAUCCAAGAUGGCUGUUGCUGCACCCAUCUCUCCGGAGCAUAUAGCCAUCGUUAAGGCGACUGCUCCGGUUUUGAAGGAACACGGUGUGGCGAUUACGACACUCUUCUACAAUAAUAUGAUCGCUGCUCAUCCGGAGCUCAAGAACAUAUUUAGCAUGUCUAAUCAAAGUAGCGGAGCUCAACCGCGAGCUCUAGCUGGCGCUGUUUUUGCCUAUGCCACCUACGUUGACGAUCUCGGCCAGCUAAAAGCUCUCGUAGAGCGUAUCGCACACAAGCACGAGAGUCUUAACGUCCAGGCCGACCAAUACGCAAUUGUAGGAAAGCAUUUGAUCGAGGCCGUAGCCACUGUGCUAGGUGAUGCUUGCACUCCUGAAAUCGCCGAAGCCUGGACCGCCGCCUACGGUGCAUUGGCCGAUAUUUUCAUCAGCAGGGAAAAGCAGCUGUAUGCUGCUCAUCAAAAUUGGCAGGGCUGGCGCCGCUUUAAGAUCCAACGCAAGGUACCAGAGACAUCUGAGAUUACCAGUUUUUAUCUCGUACCCGAAGACGAGCAGCCGCUCCCGUCGUUUCUACCGGGACAAUACAUUAGUCUUCAAGUAUUCAUUCCCCAAAUGGGUCACAUGCAACCCAGGCAAUACUCGCUAAGCGAAGCACCACGUACCGAUUACUACCGCAUCAGCGUAAAGAAAGAUAAGGGCAGGCUGGCUGGCGUUCCGGGAUUGAUCUCCAAUCUGCUGCACGAAAACUACAAGGAGGGUGACGUUCUCGAGCUUACGGCGCCUGCUGGGGAAUUCUUUGUUGACCCCAAGGAAGAUGAGAGCAAACCUAUCGCUCUUAUCUCUGCAGGUGUUGGUCUUACGCCUAUGCUGUCCAUUCUCAACAGCGCCGUAAACGUGGGAUCCCGCCGGCGCAUCUCGUGGAUACACGGGGUACAUAGCUCUGAGGUCCGCGCGUUUAACGAUCAUAUCCGAGAUACGUGCGCCAAGGACGUCAACAAUAACAUCGGCGCAACCUUCUUUGUUACGUCACCCCAACAGCGCGAUGUUCAAGGCGUUGACUACCACUUCGCUGGGAGAGUAGACCUCAGCAAGGUUGACCCCAAGUCUAACCUGUUCCUUGAUGAUGCACGCGCAGAGUACUUCAUCUGUGGUCCUUACGCGUUCAUGAAAGAUACGGAGAAGUAUCUAGUCGGCGUUGGAGUAAGCCCAGAGCGGAUACAUCUCGAAGUCUUCGGUACCGGAGAUCAAUAGGUAUCUUGAUCGUUGAAAAGGCAAGCCAUACCUAGAAGCCCGAUGGGUAUUCUUCCGGGGCAAGCGGUGUUCAUAUUGUAUAUAUUUCAUUUAGUCUGAAUUGGGAUUUCUUAGGGGUGCUAGGCGCCGUCCGUAUGGAUAUUCUUUUAGAUGUUAAAAAAGAUUUCCUCUCUAAUAAACCGUAGACAGGUACCUAUUUAUCAAAUAUCGUUAGAUUCAUCAGCUCAAUCUACCACCUUUACAAAUCAAA